AUGUCUGGAAACUCUUCUGUCGGACAGGCCUCAGUCUACGAGGCCGGGGAUCAACGCAACUACAAACAGUCAGAAAUCAACAAGUCAGACCCUUACAAUGAAGGGAAGGCCAACUCCCACAACACCUUAGAUUCUAAGGAUGAGCGAUCCAUCGCCAACAGACUAGCGGCUGCGGAGCGCAAGGAUGAGCCAGAGGAAGAUUUGGAAACGAAAUUGACCAAAAAGGACCCUACACUGCCUGCAACCAUGCACGGUAACGAGCCGUCCAAGGGCGCCAAGAUUGACGCUGAGUUGCAAGCUGAGGAGGAAGAGAUUCUAAAGAAGAAGGGCAAGGCGUGA